AUGCGUCGAGCAAGAGAUGGUUACGCAUAUCAGCCCAUACCGAGGCCUCCAACAGAUGAUGUUCUCGAACAUGAAAACGAAAGAAUGGCUGAAGAACUAAGUGGAAAGAUUAACUCGCUGAAACAUAUGUCUAUAGAAAUCGGGAACGAAGUACGUUAUCAAGACCAAAUAUUACGAAAUCUGGACGACGAUGUUGAUAGGAGCUCGGGAUUUCUGGGAAAAACUAUGAGCAGGGUUCUUAGAUUAGGCAAGGGAAAUCAUAAUUAUUACAUAUUUUAUUUAUUCAUUUUUGCAAUUUUUGUAUUCUUUCUUCUGUACAUUGUGUUGAAGUUUAGGUGA